AUGACUCAACUUAAGCGCGUGCUUGUCAUUUAUACCGGUGGGACUUUUGGUAUGCUCAAAAAUGAAAAAGGAGUACUAGUACCACAGAAGAAUAUAGAACAAGUUAUAAGAAGACUUCCUCAGCUACACGACAAUGCCUACUGGCAGAAAAAUUUAGCUCACACGGAAAUGAAAGAAUACCUUGCAAUACCUGAUGGAAAAGACACAGAACUGAAAAUACUGUACAGGAUUUAUGAGUAUGAAGAAUUGAAGGAUUCAUCAGAUUUUACCAUCGACGACUGGCUAAAAAUGGUCAGAGAUAUUAAGAAAUUCUAUCACGACUACGAUGGCUUUGUUGUGCUCCAUGGGACAGACACUACAGCGUAUGGAGCCUCAGUAUUGUCCUUCAUGUUGGAGACUGUUGGAAAACCUGUUGUCCUCACAGGAGCUCAGGUGCCCAUAUUCCAGCCUCGUAGUGAUGGUAACAAUAACUUUCUAUGCGCUGUUCUAAUUGCCGCUACUCAGUACAUACCCGAGGUCACUGUGUUCUUCGGUGCAAGACUCUUCAGAGGCUGCCGAAUAAAAAAGGUUUCAAAUACACGCAUUUACGCUUUCGAUUCACCGAAUUUCCCUCCUAUACUUGAGGCAAAGACAACUCUAGACAUAGAUCCGAAAAUGCUUCUACAUCCGCGAGGAACAGUGCCUGAUGAAUGUAGGAUUCAUGACAAGCUCUCGAGUAAAGUUUACGUACUUAAAGUUGCGCCUACAAUUACUGCAGAAUUAAUUCGGACAGUGUGCGAGGGUAUGGAAGGUGUAGUAUUAGAAACAUAUGGCAAUGGCAACAUUCCUAUCAAACGUAAGGAGAUUUACAAGGAAAUAGAGCGGGCGGUCAAAAAAAAUGUCCUAGUCGUUAACGUGACCCAGUGUGUCAACGGUACCGUCCUAGGGAAAGCUAUUUAUGAAACUGGAUUGUUGCUUGUGGAGUGUGGUGUAGUGCCAGCCUUCGAUAUGACCGCUGAAGCCGCCUUAGCCAAACUGUCAUAUGUGCUCACUAAAACAGAAUUAAGUUACGCAGAAAAAGUUGAGUUAAUGAAGACCAGUAUUCGAGGCGAACUCUACAAUCCAUCGCAUUCGGCAAACUAA